CGUCAGUCUGAACGAAACGCGCUACCCGUGCGCAGGAGUUCCGCGGAACUCUUCACACAUGCUGAAAACUAUGGUUUUGUUAUAUUAAGUUAAUGUAGUGAUUGUUACAAUGGGUACAAAGAAAGACGCUAAGAACGGGACGGGCGAGAAAAUACCACCGCCCCCGCCACCGCCAAAACAAAAGGAUGUGCCAAACACGUUUUUGAGGACGUUAUUUUGCUGGAUGCUACCUAUAUUUUAUUUUGGCAAUCGAAGGGACUUGGAGCAGCAUGAUCUGCCACCACCAAAAAAUAUGUAUAAUUCUAAAGUGGUAGGAGAUAGACUGGAGAGAAAUUGGCUAAAUGAAGAAAGAGAGGCAAAAAGCGAAGGACGGAAGCCAAAGUUCGUGAGAGUUCUAGUAAGGACAUUUUUCUGGUCUUUCAUACCAGGUGGUUUGAUGCAAUUUACUUCAAUAGCUUUAAGAACGGCGUCUCCAUUGCUGUUCAGCCAGUUACUUCAGUACUGGUCAGUAGACUCGACGAUGGCUCGAGAGACAGCCAUGUACUAUGCCCUGGGAAUGAUCCUCGCCAACUGGUUGUCGUCUUUCAUGAACCACCACGGAGCACUGUACUGCCAGCAGUUCGGUAUGAAGAUAAGGUGUGCUGUUGGCUCUUUAAUGUUUAGAAAGAUAAUGCGUAUGAGCAACGGUUCCCUGGGUGAGACGACAGCGGGUAAAGUUGUGAACUUGCUGUCAAACGACCUGCAGAGGUUCGACUUGGCGAUGAUGUUCCUUCACUAUGUGUGGAUCAUACCUCUGCAAGUGGCCGCGGUCAUAUACCUCGGGUACUUGCAGGUGGGGACCGCUGCCUUCAUCGGCUUUGCGGCUUUAAUCCUCAUUGCUCUGCCUUUCCAGGGUGGUUUGGGUCAGUACUUAGGUAAACUUCGACUUCGUACAGCUGAAAAAACGGACAACAGAAUAAAAAUUAUGAGCGAAGUUAUUAAUGGAAUACAGGUGAUAAAAAUGUAUGGAUGGGAGAUUCCUUUCCAAAAUGUGGUGGGACAGAAGCGUGCAGAUGAGUUGAAGGAGGUGAAAAGAGCUACCAUAGUGAGGACAGUGUUCCUCGGGUUCAUGAUGUUCACGGAGAGAACUGCGCUCUUCCUAACUGUGCUCACAUACGUCUUGCUUGGAAACGUCAUGUCGGCGAAUGUCUUCUACCCGCUGCAGCAGUUCAUGAACGCGGCUCAAGUGAACGUUACAUUAAUCUUGCCGCUGGUAUUGUCUUUCACUGCAGAGCUCUUGGUCUCUCUGGGAAGGGUUGAGAAAUUUCUGGCGUUGCAGGACAGGCCCGACUUGACGGGGCAGUCGGAGGAGGUCUCGUCCAACUUGUUCCGCAACAUGUCGGCGAAAGAUAACUUGGACAACUUGGAGAUGAAUGGCUCCGUACGACCACUCUCGUACCAUCGCAAAUCGGAUGGAGCGCCUAUAGGGCCUACCUUAGGGGCAGAGCUCAAAAAGUCUCCUAACCCGAAGUUUGCGAGGAGUGUAUCAUAUCAGGACGACACUGCUUUGGUAGUGCACGAUGUAUCCGCUAGUUGGACAGGGGACCCCAAUGCUUUGGCCCUCAAGAAUAUUUCUAUGAGACUACGUAAAGGAAAACUUUGUGGUAUCAUCGGCGCCGUUGGCUCUGGAAAGUCCUCGAUUCUGCAACUUCUACUAAAAGAAUUGCCUUCGGCGACUGGCAGUGUUUCAAUAUACGGCAAGAUCUCGUACGCUUGCCAAGAGGCGUGGCUGUUCCCCAGCACCGUUCGGGAGAAUAUACUUUUCGGUUUGCCUUAUGAACCCGAAAAAUAUAAGAAGGUAUGCCGCGUGUGUGCGCUGGAGAAGGACUUCAAGCAGUUCCCGUACAGCGACCAGACGCUGGUCGGGGAGAGGGGGGUGUCGCUCUCAGGAGGCCAGCGAGCCAGAAUCAAUUUGGCGCGCGCUGUUUACAGAGAAGCAGACAUUUAUCUCUUGGACGAUCCGCUGUCAGCGGUGGACGCGAACGUGGGUCGUCAGCUGUUCGAAGGCUGCAUCAACGGCUACCUGCGCGGGCGCACUCGAAUACUUGUCACUCAUCAGAUACACUUCCUCAAAGCUGCCGACUAUAUCGUGGUUUUAAAUGAAGGUCGUAUUGAAAACAUGGGAACAUUUGAAGAACUGGUAAAUUCUGGCAAGGAAUUCUCUAUGAUGCUCUCACAACUGCAGGAAGGCAAGGAGAAGGACUCUGACAGUUUAGGAUCACGGAGCAUUGAAGAGAAAGAUAGGCCUGCACUGAAGACCAUGGCCAGCGUGACAGAAGAAGAUGACGGGGAGGAGUUUGAAGCUCAGAAGAUGGAAGAAGAAGAGAGGCAGUCAGGCAACCUGCGGUGGGAGGUGAUCGCCGCGUACUUUAAAGCUGGAGGGAACGCCUGUUUCAUAUUGUUUGCUCUGUCCAUGAUCGUGCUGUCUACGACCAGCGCAGCUUCUGUUGACUACUGGGUCAGUUAUUGGACAAAUCAGAUGGCUGUGUACGAGGAGUCCUUGGGCGGUGCUGAUAUAGAUCCCGGCUUAGAUGUGCAAGUAGGCAUAUUCACGAUAGCCCAGUACUUAAUAAUCCAUGGUGCACUUGUGGCGAUGUGCAUCGCCAUAAUAAACUUGCGAGUGUUUCCCUUCGCCUACCUCUGCGUCAACGCGUCCAGUAACCUGCAUAACACCAUGUUCUCCACCAUGCUGAAGGGGAUCAUGCGUUUCUUUGACACCAGCUCAUCAGGUCGUAUAUUGAAUCGGUUUACAAAAGACAUGGGUGCUCUCGACGAAAUCUUGCCACGGACACUGUUGGACGUGCUUCAAAUCUACGGAACCCUGACUGCUAUUCUCGUCCUGAACGCCAUAGCUCUAUACUGGACCCUGUUACCCUCAGCUGUGCUUCUUAUUUUGUUCAUCUUUAUGGUCCGGAUUUAUUUGAAAGCAGCGCAGGGUAUAAAACGAUUGGAAGGAACAGCCAAAAGUCCAAUGUUUGGUACAGUGACGUCAUCGCUCAGUGGCAUAUCUACCAUCAGAUCAGCAAAUGCCCAGAAGUGGCUUAUUGAACAGUUUGAUAUGAAUCAGGACUUGCACACCACUUCAUGGAACAGCUACUUGAAUGGAGGCACCACAUUCGGGUUCUACUUAGACACCAUGUGUUUGAUAUACAUGACCACUGUCAUAGGCGUCUUCCUGUUUGUUGAUUUCGGCGACACGAUCCCCGUGGGCAGUGUAGGUCUAGCGGUGACACAGAGCAAUAUGUUGACGAUCAUGCUGCAGCACGGAGCGCGCAUGUUAGUGGAGUUCCUCGCGCAGCUGACCAGCGUCGAGCGCAUUCUGCAGUACACACGCAUUGACACAGAACCUAACUUGUUCCAAGGAAAAAUCGAAAUGCCCUCAUCAUGGCCUUCUCAAGGAAAAAUUGUCUUUCAAAAUGUGUAUCUACGAUAUGCGCCAAAUGAACAACCCGUAUUAAAGAACCUGAACCUUGUCAUAGAAAGUGGACAUAAGGUCGGAAUAGUAGGACGCACGGGAGCUGGCAAAUCUUCCCUGAUAUCAGCUCUGUUCAGAUUUGCCUACAUCGACGGAUUAAUAUCGAUUGACGGACUCGAUACUUCGCUGGUUUCGCGCCAGGGACUGCGAUCAAAAAUUUCAAUUAUACCGCAAGAACCAAUCCUGUUCUCUGCUACAAUCCGAUAUAACUUGGAUCCGUUUGACAUGUACAGCGAUGAUGACCUCUGGAGAGCUCUCGAACAGGUUGACCUAAAAUCGGCUAUCCCAUCAUUAGACUUUAACGUAACCGAAGGUGGGUCUAAUUUCUCAGUGGGCCAGCGACAGUUGAUGUGCUUGGCGCGUGCUGUACUACGAUCCAAUCAGAUUUUAAUAAUGGACGAAGCUACCGCGAACGUAGAUCCUCAGACGGACAGCUUCAUCCAGGAAACGAUCCGUCGGCAGUUCGUGUCAUGCACCGUGCUGACGAUCGCUCAUAGACUCAACACUAUCAUGGACUCGGACAAGGUGCUGGUGGUGAGCAGCGGCGAGAUCGCGGAGUACGACCACCCGUACGUGCUGCUGUCCGACCCCGACAGCCACUUCUCCGCCAUGGUGCGCGAGACCGGCGAGAAGAACAGUGCCAACCUAUUCCGAAUUGCCAAAGACUGUUAUUUUCAAAGCAAUCUGAAAGAAAACGCAAGAUAAACAAAACGAACUUCCAAUAAACUAGUGAUUAAUAGAUUAAGCUGUGCAUUAUAUUAGUGAAUAGCAAUCCAUCGAGUAGGCAGGUAAUGAAACUCGCUUUUAAGGUUAAAUUAAUUAAUUAAUAUAA